UCCGACUUUUAAGCUCACCUCGUCUGUGUAUGAAUUUCUGCGAUAGUGUACCGGUGUUUGUUCCCAAAUGACACAACAAUAUUGCCCCUCAUGGAUUGUACUUUUUGUUGAUCCAAUGAAAACGCAGGAAUAUGGGUAAAUUCCAGUCCAAACUUGCUUCAAAACGUAGACAGAGUCCUGAAGGUGGGAGUUUGGCUUCCAAUGUGCUGACCUGUCAGAGAGAGCUCCAGCAAAUCCACAAAACUAAACUAACCAAGAAUUUGUAUGUAGAAUUAAGGGCGAGCAAGUCUGACCAUAACUGCAAACUGAAAGUUGUUCUACCACCAAAGAAGACAGCUGAUAGAGGAAACGGCAUCCACCUCCAGGUCAAUAAACAGACAAAAAAGAAGAGCAGCCAUGCUGGUGUCACAGAGUGUAACAUGGUGUCUGAUGAGGACACUCAGCAGGAGUGGGUGUUCACACUGUACAACUUUGACAACAGUGGCAAGGUCACCAAAGAGGACAUGUCCAGCUUGAUUCGCUCCAUCUAUGAGGUACUAGAGACGUCAGUCAAGCCAAACGGAGGCCCCCCACCUCUGAAGAUAAAGCUUGUUGUAACUCCGUCAGCUGACCCAGAGAAGAUCUUACUAAUAGCAUCACAGGAGAAGACAGCAUCCCAGGAGGCAGGGAACCCAGUAAGAGGACUUUAUUGUGUGGAUGAAAACAUUGAGCGCAGAAACCACUACCUGGAUCUAGCCGGCAUUGAAAACUACACGUCCAAGUUUGACGAAUCCCCUACCCAGGAGCCCAGUCAGGAUACUUGCUCAGCUCCUAAGCACCGCCCUGUGGUCAGCACAGUGAACUGCAUGUCUCCUGGAGGCCAAUACACCCCAUAUUCCCUGAAAAGCAAGGCCAUGGGAAAGGACAGGCAUGGAGGUGAUAGAAAGUCAUGCAGGUUACAUGGCCAGCACCCUGCUUCCUGGUGCCAUCCCUCUCAGCCUGCAGCACACAGCGCCCUGCAGCGCAGUCACAGCAGGAGGCUGCGCACCAGGGGACACGAGGCUGCCUCCAGACCCCCGCCUGAAAUACCUUCAGACAGUCAGCCCUCCUGUGGAGCCCCUGCUUCUCAAACCAAGAGACAUGAGCACCAUCACGAGCACCAUCAUCAUCAUCACCAUCACUACCACCCUUCGUAGAAGCAUUUUAAACCCAUAUCAGACAGGUGAAGAGUAAGUAUGCUAUCGACAUGAAAUGUUUUAGAGGUUAAUUGCAACUCGGCAUGUUCUUGAUGAAUCACUUAAUUUACAUGUUUUUUAGUGUGUGGUGGAAUCAGGCUAUCAGUUAUCUAAUGCAAACAAACCCUAAAGGUAAGCUACUCUCUGUGGUCAGUUUAAUGUUUUCUGAAAGCUACUUUGUUUUGGAUGCUGAAGAUCUGGAUUUGACGAGGAGAUGGGAUGAAGAGGUGUGAUGAGGUCUUUGGAUUA